GCCCAUACCCGCAGAGCCUCCUGCACCACUAGUCCCCACUCCGGCUCCUCCGACGCGCCCAUCAUGACCGGCGAAGGCUGGCUCUUCCUGCUCGCCGUGCUGCUCGCAGCCGGCCUGCUCUUUACCAUGGUCUUCUAUAUCAUCAUGUUCUCCGACCUCGAGUGCGACUACAUCAACCCCAUCGACCUCUGCAACAAGCUCAACCAGUUCACGCUCCCGGAGAUGAUCGCGCACGCCGUCCUGACCGUCUUCUUCCUGCUUGGCGGGCAAUGGGUUGCAUUCCUGUUGAAUGCGCCGCUCGUUGCCUUCAACGCAAACAAAGUCAUGAACAAGAACCACAUGCUCGACGCCACGGAGAUCUUCCGGACGCUGAGCGGGCACAAGAAGGAGUGCUUCGUGAAGCUCGGCUUCUACCUGCUCUCCUUCUUCUACUACCUGUACCGGAUGAUCGUGGCGCUCAUCGGCGAGACGGACAGCGCAUAGAUGGGCAGUGUGUGGCGCGCACCUUGGAUGGACGACGGCUGCCCUGCCAGUGCGCGCUCUCGUGCGCUCGCACUGGGCAAGCCGGCUGGACAAAAGGG